UAAAAAGAACGUUCGAUCACUUUCCUUUUCUCACAAUUCUUCACCGCAAACACUCACCCCAAAAAGAGGAAACAGAAGAAGAAGAAGAAGCUUAAGACUAAAGAAGGGGUCUUUUUUUUACUAUUUACCCUAAACUACUUUACCAAACCAGACACAGAAUCAUACGAUCAGAUCUGCUGUUCAAACGAUGGCGGACAAGGAAGAGCAAGAGACGAUGACCUCGUACAAGCUGUUCCUUAGAGUUAUAAGCAAGAGAAGAACAUGGGCCUGUCUGUUUCUUGUGGUCUACGCGAUCCUCUUGUCUUCUUCGUGGAAUUCGUUGAAUUCGAUAGUGAAUUGGUACGGUGAUAACCACCAGACGUCAUCUGGUUUGCCUGCUCUUUACGCGUCGGUUCUUCUUGGUGCUGUGUUCGGGGUUCUCUCGAUGGCGGCGGCGCUGUUCAUAGCUGUGCCGGCGAUCGUUGUGAUAUGGAUAUCGGUGGUGGUGUCGAUGGCUUUCGCCGGGAAAUCUAGGAAGAGAGUGGUAAUCGAAGGGAGGAAAGUGACGAAAGAGAUCGCUGGUUUUGUGUUUAGGGUUCUUCUCAAAGAAGGAAACUUUGUGGCUCUUCUUUGUGCCCUUCUUGCUUACUUCGUCUUCUUUAACUCUUACUCUUCCUCUUCUUGAUUCAAUUCUUUUUGCAUUUUGUUUCAUUAACGAAAACAUCUACGACUAAUACAUCGAAAUCUUUCCUCA